AAAGAAUGCGAACAUAGGAAACGGUUCUCUCCUCAAAUACCGUUCCGUGUCACCCAACCCCCCGCCCGCCUUCUGAGAACCACGUGGGGAAAACGAUUUCCCACCUCCUACCCCGACAGGCGCUGUUCGAGGCUUGUCCCUGGAGCAUGCGCAGUGAUAUUUCACCCCACCCCUCCCCACACCCCCCACCGCGCUCCUGCAUUAAGCCCGCGGUUCGCAGCCGCAGCCGGGAUCGGGCACGUGGGGGCGGGCGGGCAUGGUAGGGCCAUGGCCGAGGGUGAGGAUAUGCAGACCUUCACUUCCAUCAUGGAUGCACUGGUCCGCAUCAGUACGAGCAUGAAGAACAUGGAGAAGGAACUGCUGUGCCCAGUGUGCCAAGAGAUGUACAAGCAGCCGCUGGUGCUGCCUUGUACCCACAACGUGUGCCAGGCCUGUGCGCGCGAGGUGCUGGGCCAGCAGGGCUAUGUGGGCCAUGGCGGGGACCCCAGCUCCGAGCCCACCUCUCCUGCCUCCACCCCUUCCACCCGCAGUCCCCGCCUCUCCCGCAGAACUCUCCCCAAGCCAGACCGCCUGGACCGGCUGCUUAAGUCAGGCUUUGGGACAUACCCCGGGCGGAAGCGAGGUGCUUUGCAGCCCCAGGUGAUCUCGUUCCCGUGCCCAGCCUGCCAGGGUGAUGUGGAGCUGGGGGAGCGGGGCCUGGCAGGGCUGUUCCGGAACUUGACCCUGGAGCGUGUGGUGGAGCGGUACCGCCAGAGUGUGAGUGUGGGUGGCGCCAUCCUGUGCCAGCUGUGCAAGCCCCCGCCACUAGAGGCCACCAAAGGCUGCACCGAGUGCCGAGCCACCUUCUGCAAUGAAUGCUUCAAGCUCUUCCACCCCUGGGGCACCCAGAAGGCCCAGCAUGAGCCCACCCUGCCCACCCUCUCCUUCCGCCCCAAGGGCCUGAUGUGCCCAGACCACAAGGAAGAAGUGACCCACUACUGCAAGACCUGCCAACGGCUGGUCUGCCAGCUCUGCCGAGUGAGGCGCACCCACAGCGGGCACAAGAUCACACCGGUGCUCAGUGCCUACCAGGCCCUCAAGGACAAGCUGACAAAGAGCCUGACAUACAUCCUGGGAAACCAGGACACAGUUCAGACCCAGAUCUGUGAGCUGGAGGAGACUGUGAGGCACACCGAGGUGAGUGGUCAGCAGGCCAAGGAGGAGGUGUCGCAGCUGGUGCGGGGGCUCGGGGCCGUGCUGGAGGAGAAGCGGGCGUCGCUGCUUCAGGCCAUAGAGGAAUGCCAGCAGGAGCGGCUGGCCCGUCUCGGCGCCCAGCUCCAGGAGCACCGGAGCCUGCUGGAUGGCUCGGGGCUGGUGGGCUACGCCCAGGAGGUGCUUAAGGAGACAGACCAGCCUUGCUUCGUGCAAGCAGCCAAACAGUUACACAACAGGAUUGCCCGGGCGACAGAGGCCCUGCAGAUGUUCCGGCCAGCCGCCAGCUCCUCCUUCCGCCACUGUCAGCUGGACGUGGGGCGUGAGAUGAAGCUGCUGACGGAGCUGAACUUCCUGCGAGUGCCCGAGGCUCCGGUCAUAGACACCCAGCGCACCUUCGCCUACGACCAGAUCUUCCUGUGCUGGCGGCUGCCGCCCCACUCGCCGCCCGCCUGGCACUACACCGUCGAGUUCCGGCGCACGGACGCGCCUGCCCAGCCGGGCCCCGCCCGCUGGCAGCGGCGGGAGGAGGUGAGGGGCACCAGCGCCCUGCUCGAGAACCCUGACACGGGCUCUGUGUACGUGCUGCGUGUGCGAGGCUGCAACAAGGCCGGCUUCGGCGAGUACAGCGAGGACGUGCACCUGCACACGCCCCCGGCGCCCGUCCUCCACUUCUUCCUGGAUGGCCGCUGGGGCACAAGCCGCGAGCGGCUGGCCAUCAGCAAGGACCAGCGAGCAGUGCGGAGCGUUCCAGGGCUGCCCCUGCUGCUGGCCGCUGAGCGGCUGCUGACGGGCUGCCACCUGAGCGUGGACGUGGUCCUGGGCGACGUGGCCGUGACCCAGGGCCGCAGCUACUGGGCCUGCGCCGUAGACCCCGCCUCCUACUUGGUCAAGGUGGGCGUGGGACUGGAGAGCAAGCUGCAGGAAAGCUUCCAGGGUGCUCCCGACGUGAUCAGCCCCAGGUACGACCCUGACAGCGGACACGACAGCGGAGCCGAGGACGCCACGGUGGAGGCGUCGCCACCCUUCGCCUUCCUUACCGUGGGCAUGGGCAAGGUCCUGCUGGGACCUGGGGCCAGCUCGCACGCAGGGCUGACCGGGAGGGACGGCCCGGCCGCCGGCUGCACGGUGCCGCUGCCGCCGCGCCUGGGCAUCUGCCUGGACUACGAGCGGGGCCGCGUGUCCUUCCUGGACGCCGUGUCCUUCCGCGGACUGCUGGAGUGCCCGCUGGACUGCUCCGGGCCUGUGUGCCCUGCCUUCUGCUUCAUCGGAGGGGGCGCUGUACAGCUACAGGAGCCCGUGGGCACCAAGCCUGAGAGGAAAGUCACCAUCGGGGGCUUCGCCAAGCUGGACUGACCUCCUCAGGCGCCUCCUAGGCCCCGGCCCCCCAAACCUCCUGGAGCCGGGUUAUUGCUCCGGCAGCUUCACCCUCAAACUCCCUGCCGUGUGGUCCCGCCCCUCACCUGUGUCCUGUCUCCCCAGGCCCUGCUCUUGACCUGGGGACUCUCCUCUGCUCGCCUCUCUGGAUGUCCACAUUCCCUCCAUCGCCUGUUCAUCCAGGCGCCUACCCCGAGUCUGUCCCACGCCCCGCCCCUUGCCCUCACACCGAACCCGUCAUGGAAAGAGCCCCUCCCACCCCGCCCUGUGCCCCGCCCCCCACGCUGGGAGGGUUCGCUCCCUGCUCCCGGGCCCUCGGCAUGGCCCCCAGCUCUGCCCUCUGCCCCACUGAUGCUCAGCUAGGCCUUGGCGCAGGCAGGCCCUUCGGCCAGGCACUGCCCAGGCAGGCCCUGUGAGGGGCAGGGGCCCCGCCCCGCUCGCCCGUGUGGGUCCCCACAGCCCUCUGCGGCAAGGCCCUUGUGCCCCCUCCUCCCUGCAUGCCUCACUUGUCCCUCACCCAUGCCAAUGUGCCACGUCUCUCUCGGGGCCCCAGCGGAGUUGGGCAUCCCCGCUGGAUUGGGCCAGGCAAGGCUUCUGGUGCCCGCGUCUGCCCCGCUGCAGGAGGCACUGCUAGGCCUGUGCCAAACAACAGCUGUCAUUUUCAUGGUUUAUAAACAAUAAACUGAUGCCAGGCGCACCUCUGCCUUUCCUUAG